AUGGCACCAAUGCAGGCCGAGAAGAUCGAGAACCCUCAUGUAAGCUCUUCCAGCGAAGAGGAAGAGUCAUCUAGUUCAUCUGGAGAAGAAUUUGAGUCUUCUGGGGAAGAGUCCUCAUCCGACAACGAUGGAGAAAUGCUCUCAAAGGCCAAAGCUCACUCAGAAAUCUGUUGCUCCGUUGCUGCGAAGAAGCCUGAAUCCGACUCUGAAGUGAGCGAUUUUCACUCCGAUGAUGACGACCACGAAGCCUCUCAACACUGGGACAAAGAAAAAGCCAGAGACUUCUAUUACUGCAAAGAAGGCUGA